UACAUCUAGAGUAGAAAGCUUGCUAAAAUCCUCACCAAAAUUCAGAAUCAUGGAGUAAUUCCAAAGCCUCCCGGAUUCCCACUCCUCAACCCUCCAUCUGAGCCACCCAACCAAAGCUGAAACGCACGAGAUCUGGUCUCCCACGGUCAACGAAUGGAAAGACGCACUCACCGUCCCACAGUAUCUCGAAGAAUACCGUGGCCCUCGCGCGGAACCAGGGCAUGACCGAAUGGAUUCUCGUCGAUAGUACCAUGGCUCUCCAGACAGAAGGCAAGUGGAACGGGAACCGGGUGAUUCUCGCCUCGUGCGAGUCAUUCCGCAAGCAAGCCCUAGUGCGCGACGUCAACGGAACGUGCUCGGAUGGAAUCGCGCACGGCAUUGCGAGUGUCUACUGCGACCCUAAACUUCGGGGAAGAGGCUACGCUUCCAGACUGUUGCGGGAACUGAGUCGACCGCUACCUACUACCUGGCAGACGCAAGGCCGCGGGAAGAGAUGCAUUGCAAGUGUGCUUUUCUCUGACAUCGGGCCGAAAUUCUAUCAGAGUCUAGGGUGGGAGCCAUUUCCGAGCUAUCAGCUGGAGUUCCAGGCUGGGGAGGGGCAAGGUGCCGCCGCUACGCCGCUUUAUGCUGAAGACCUUGCGGCACUUUGUGAAGAGGAUGAAGCGGGGGUGAGAAGAGCUAUGGCGGUUGCGAGGUCUGCAGGUGAUGCGAAGCCUAGGGCAGUCCUCCUCAGAAUACGCUCUACAUUCUCCGAUUGGUGGUGGAGAACAGGUUGCCGGAUGCUGAAGCCUUACCGGAGACCGAGAAGAGUUUGGGAGCUGUUCUGCAGGCAGCUCGAGCGGAGGCAGCAGAAUGGGGGUUGCACAAGGUGAAGCUGUGGAGUCCGUCGAGCACGCUGGAAGACAUGAUCAAGCACACGGGUGUUCCAUAUCGGGCUGAAACGAGAGUGCAUCCAUCACAGUAUACCAUGCCUACAGUGGUAUGGAGAAGGGGGCGGGAGACCAAGUGAGCUGGAGUGGGCACUGAAUGAGAAAUAUGGCUGGUGUUGACUUGAUACUCUAGCUCUAUAUACAAGAAAUGACUGUAUCUGGUUUCUGGCCUCAUCCUCAACCCUCGCAGUCCACUCAUACAAAGCAGCUAGAUUCAUCCCCUCCGGCCAAACCGGGUUCUUCGUAAUCCAGGGAGUCUGUUCCUGCAGCUUAGGUAUCAACUUCAUAUAUUUUCAUGGAACAGUAUACCUCCACUUAUCAAUCUCAUUCGUCAAUUCUGACAGAAGGC